CGGCGCGAGGCGCCAUACAGCAUGGACGGAGGCCUUGUGUCCUAGAUGCAUCCGGAAGUGGCUCCCCCAGGCACCCGCUCUGAACCAUAGAGCCAGGGAGGGAGGGGGCGGCCAGGCCAGGGUCGCCGAACUUUCCUUCCUAGAGCCGAGAGGCUGGGGUGGAGGCCGGGGUGGGGGGGAGCGGCGCGGGCGGAAGCGGCCGGGAAGGUCACUUCCGGCCUGGCCGCCCGUCCCCCUGACCCCAGGGUCUGAGUCGCCGCUGCCGCCGCUGCCACCAUCCGCGAGGGAGGAGAGAGGAGGAGGAGCGCGGCGCAGCGGCCCCGGGCCUGAGGAGGGAUCCUGACAUGGAGCUGCGGGAGGAGGCCUGGUCUCCAGGGCCGCUGGACUCUGAGGACCAGCAGAUGGCCAGCCACGAGAACCCGGUGGACAUCCUCAUCAUGGAUGAAGAGGACGUUCCCACCUGGCCCCCGACCAAGCUGUCUCCGCCCGCAACGGCGCCUCCAGCUGGCCCCCCUCCUCGGCCGCGCCCGCCCGCGCCUUACAUCUGUAACGAGUGCGGCAAGAGCUUCAGCCAUUGGUCCAAGCUGACGCGGCACCAGCGCACGCACACCGGCGAGCGGCCCAACGCCUGCGCCGACUGUGGCAAGACCUUCUCGCAGAGCUCGCACCUGGUGCAGCACCGGCGCAUCCACACGGGUGAAAAGCCGUACGCCUGCUCCGAGUGUGGCAAGCGCUUCAGCUGGAGCUCCAACCUCAUGCAGCACCAGCGCAUCCACACCGGCGAGAAGCCCUACGCUUGCCCCGAUUGCGGUCGCAGCUUCACGCAGAGCAAGAGCCUGGCUAAGCACCGGCGCUCGCACAGCGGCCUCAAGCCCUUCGUGUGCCCGCGUUGCGGCCGCGGCUUCAGCCAGCCCAAGAGCCCCUACGUGUGUCUGGAGUGCGGCAAGGGUUUCGGGCAUGGCGCGGCGCUUCUGGCGCACCAGCGCGCGCAGCACGGGGACGGGCCGGGGGCGGUGGGCGGUGAGGAACCGGCGCACAUCUGCGUGGAGUGCGGGGAGGGCUUCGUGCAGGGCGCGGCGCUGCGGAGACAUAAGCGUGUCCACGCUGUGGGCGCGCCCGCAGUCUGCAGCAGCUGCGGACAGAGCUUUUACCGCGCGGGCGGUGAGGACGAAGGCGACCAGGAGGAGGAGGACGGCGUGAGGUGCGGCGAGUGCCGUGGGGACUCCCGGUAGGGGCGGCGGCCCGGGGGCAUGGGCAGGCCCCUCGGGCUCCCCGGGCUUGGCAGCGAUCCAGAGACCCAGGGGAGACGGAUAUAGGGUGUGGCGGCCACCCCUGUGCCCCCACGCUGUCCACAUAGGCAAUGGGGACUAGGGGAGGGGGCACUCGGGCAUGUUCAUCUCUCACCUCGGACUGCGCCCACCCUCUCCAAUCCCUGCGCCUCCGCCUGGCCUACCCUCUCUCCCGGUGCUCGGCCUGGGAGCCCGAGGUCGACACCACAUGUGAGAAAACUAGAGACCAAGAGACAACAAUCCACAAGCGAGACACCAUGUGCCCUUCUACCGCCGCCGUCAGGGGUGCUGCAAGGAACGGAGAGAACCCGGCCCUUUCUGUGUGGAGGGCCCCCAGAAGGGAAGGCGGGCCCUUGUUCUCUUUUAGUCUUUCUUUUAAUCAUACCCUCCCCUGAUAUGUUUUUCUCUCCUGCGGGUCCCCUCGAUUUUUCUAGCCUGAGUCACUCCUUCACCUCCUGGGUUGGAGUAGCCGAGGAGCAAAGCAGCAGAACCUGCUCCUUCAAAUGUACCUUGCAGGGAGUGUGGUACCGUCUCUUUCCUGGCCUGGGCGUGGUGGGAGAAGGAGGGCCGGGGGCAAUAAAUGGCACUAUCCAAUUGUCCCUGCUCUGCGUGGUUCUUGAGUUUGGGAAGGGGAUAAAAGACCAGUUCCUUACCGGGAGUUCCUGCAGAAGUGACCUGUGCUGGGGUCAGGUCCAUGGAGAAAGGCGGUCUUACCUGUACCUGGUACAGACUGGGCCAUUGGGUGGCUGUGUAGCUCUUCGAAAUGUGACCCAUUGAGCCACCCACAGUGGGAUCUGGGCCGAAGAGAGGUGGCCCCAGUAUCCUGAAUUCCAGUGUGGCUGGGCCCCUAAUGUGUCCCUACUUGCAGCCCAGGGAGUCUCUUGUGGCAUAGAA